UACAGUAGCACAUAAAUGAAGGAGAAUUUCUGGUUUUUGUCUUUCCUCUAUCUACUUAAGAGAGCAAAUCCCGGGUCUUGUGUUCAGUACCCAAAAAACAAACAACGUCAAUCUAUCCAUCUACCUUCUUUUCUCUUCUCUCCAUCAGUGAGACCAGCAUACAUAAUUGAACAAGAAACGAAAGGAAGGAAAAGUUAAUUUCAUCAAAAGAAAGAAGGACAAAAAGAGAGAGCAAGAAAAUAACUACUUGAAUUGUAAUUUUUUUUCAUUAUGUCAAACAUUUCAGGAGAUAGUGGGAGUUUCUCUUCUGGAAACACUACUCAAGAAGUAGUAGCUCAACAACAUCUUUAUGACCAACAACAACUUCAAGAUCAUUUAACUCAUGAUGGCAGCUCUAAUUCCAUUACUACUACUAUGGUUAACAGCAACAUCUCCCCUCCCUUACAGCUACCAAGUGUUCUUAAGAAGAAAAGGAGUCUACCAGGAACUCCAGACCCAAGUGCAGAAGUCAUUGCGUUAUCGCCAACCACUCUAAUGGCAACAAACCGGUUCGUAUGUGAAAUUUGCAACAAAGGAUUUCAAAGAGAUCAAAACCUUCAAUUACACAGAAGAGGCCAUAAUCUUCCAUGGAAACUCAAGCAAAGGUCGACUACGGAAAUUCGAAAACGGGUCUAUAUUUGUCCUGAGCCGUCAUGUGUUCACCAUAACCCGGCUAGGGCAUUGGGAGACUUGACAGGUAUCAAAAAGCAUUUCUGCAGGAAACAUGGUGAGAAGAAAUGGAAAUGUGAUAAAUGUUCUAAGAAAUAUGCAGUUCAAUCAGAUUGGAAAGCCCAUUCAAAAACUUGUGGUACUAGAGAAUAUAAAUGUGAUUGUGGUACAAUUUUCUCGAGAAGAGACAGUUUCAUUACUCACAGAGCAUUUUGUGAUGCAUUAGCAGAAGAAAACAACAAAGUUAACCAAGGAUUAAUGUCAAACAUGGAAGUAAAAAUACAAGGGCAGGUAUCCGAUUUGAUGUCUUCUAUGCCGAUAAACAAUACUUCGCCUGAAAUCAACGAAAGCGAUGCUACAAACCCAUUGAGAUCACAUUCUCAUUCAGAUCUCAUGGUUAUGCCAUUAAAGCCUUUAACUAUGACAGGGGGAAUGUUCUCAAGUUGCUCCGGUACUCUCUUUAAUGGUCAUAGAAGCAACUCUUCAGCUAACUCUUCAUGUCUUCAAUUAAAUGCUAAUAACGGUUUAUCAAGUUUCGAUGGUUUAGAUGACGGUAAAAUUGGUCGGCAAAUCGUUGGAACGGCUCAUAUGUCGGCAACGGCAUUGUUACAAAAAGCAGCUCAAAUGGGUGCAACUGCGAGCAGUAAUAUCAACUCAUCACCAAUGAUGCAAAAAAGUUUUGUUUCUAGCAUGGCUGGAUUAGAUAACAGUCAUCAUCAGUUUAACAGUGUAAGAUCUUCUUCAGCGUCGCCUUUUGUAGAAAACAGCAAUAACGCUAGUUCCUUGGAUUACAUGCAAACAUCACAAUCAGAUCAUCCAGUUCAUGAUGGAAUGGUUAAUAGCGGAGGAGGAUUUAUCAACCAGUUUUUGCAAAAAGGAUUAUCACAUCAGGAAAUGUCGACGCCAAAGUUCAUCGAUCCAAUAAAGGGUAGUGGGAAUAGUAACGAUAUCUGUUCAUCACCAUCCGGAAUGAAUAACAUGGCAAUGUUUACUGGUUUAUUCAUGGGAGGUGAUCAACAACAUGGGUUUUUAAAGAACACUGAACUCCAGCAACAACAACAUGAUCAAAACAGUGGCACUACUAGUAUGUCAACAACACCGGUGAGAAGUAAUGUGAAUUCCGGGUUGGUGAAUAUUCCCGGGGCUGGAAUUGGCGGAAAAAAUCCAAUCGGGUUUUCGAGAUUUGGCGACAACAAUGAUGACGAUAUGAUGACUGUUGAUUUCCUGGGCGUUGGAGGAUUGCAAUUAAGAACUUCUACUCAUCCAAAUUUCAGUAGUGAACAACAACAAAGAAUGGACCAGUUUGCAGCUAUUAGUCAACAAAGGUUGCAUAACUCUUUUCAGUUACAAGCUGCAGAGAUGUCAUCACAUAAUAACCAAGCAAUGGAAAAACCCAUAUGGGAUACUUAACAAGAGUUAUUUAUAAAACAGACCGCGGUAUCUAAGGAUUUUCUCUCUGUCAGGCACGGCCCAUUUGAAUAGGAUAAAGGCGAACGUUAUAACUAAAGGUUGGUUCCCUUGUUAAAUUUUGUUUACCACUGAUCAAGACAUGGAAAACAUCUUUCCCGUGGAAUAUGGAAUAGCAUAGAGGUAGAACAUAGUAUAGAGAGGUAGGCCAUCUCUUUGAGUUAGCGCUCGUACACCCCUUAGUAACAUAAGGUGGUUAUUUAGUAGUAAAACAGGAAGAGAGAAUCACAAGGUCAAGGUGGACCUUCUCUUUUGUAAAGGAGGUAGUGGCCAAC